AUGCCAACUCGCAAGAAACCUACCAAAAGAUCAAAUGAAACAAGUAAGUUUUAAAAAAAUCAAAAAAAAGUGUUCAAAAACAAAAAAUAAAGGGAUUUAGCACAUAUUCACACUAGGCAGACCCAUCUCACAGGGACCAGAUGUUGUUUAGCAAUAGGGCGCGUUUGAUGUUGUCCCCUGUAUGUCUAUCCCGCUUCCCUGCUUUUGUCUUCGCGUUUGCCGCAUUAUUGAUUGCCACCCAUCGAGCAGGUCAUUAUCGUCUUUUUUGCAUGUUUAUACAUUAUUAACUUGACUUUUCCAAAUUUUAUAAAAUACUAGAUAACUUAUAGUUGACGCUUACUUCUCUUUGAAUUUUAAAAUUACACUAUUUCCCUCAAAAAAAUUGUUGUUUUUAAAGUCAUAAUUCUUUUUUCAGCGGUAAUGGUGCCAACGGGGGAGCAACAACAAGUUCAAUUUGUUGUUCAAUCUUCUCCAGAACAACAAUCACCAACUAAGCAACCACCAAAGAAAAAAGCUACAAAGAGACCAACUGUAGAAGGAUUCGAGGAUUAUCCAAUCACCGGAAAAGCAUACAAACGUAAGUUAUAAUAAUUUUUCUUCAAGAAGAUUUCUCAAAUUAUUAUAUUUUCUAUUUAUAGCACCAGCAAGUACUCGUGGAUGCUUUGUAAACCGAUGCCCAGAUUGUCCAUGGUCGUUUGAGAAGAAAGCGCAUCUUACAAGACAUAGCGUUGCUCAUAGAGUAAGUGAGAACGAUGAGGUAGAAGAUACAGACACUGAAUCUGACUCAGAAUCUGAGUUUGAAUCAGAACCUCAACCACAAAGAGUACAAGCAUCAUUAUCAGUAUCAGUUUGCGUAUCUAUGUAUAUCUGAAACACGACGCUUAUUCUACAAAUUAACAAGUUUAUUCACAUAAAUUUGUUUUGUUAUUCAAGUUUAACACACAAUCUAACAAAAAAUACCACAAUGAAAAAAUCGUAACUACACUGGCAUGGCAACCAAACUAAUAUGAAAUAAUCAAGAAUAAAAAAACUGACAAAGAUGUUUAAAAUUUAUAGAAUAUUUUGAAAGAGUUUCAUGCUUGAAAGCCGUUAUCUCAAAAAAAAACAGUUAUCUCUAUAUUUGAUAAUGAAACGAUUCACAAAGUUUUGAAACGAACACAAAACACAUUGAAAAUGUCGAGAAAUUGAGUUUCGUGCAUUUUAAUUUUAUGUUUCGCAACGCGUUUUGAAACUUUUUCAAUCGCUCUAUGAACUUACAAUUGAAACAAUAAUAUUCUGAAGUAUAAUUCCAGAAACACACACACAAAUAGAAAUUAGCUGAAAAUAAUAAAACACGCACUACCUGAUUUUUAAAGUAAUGAUUUUUUUGAAACCUAUAAUUAAACUUGGAAAUGUCAAGUAUCAGAAAUUUGUUUUGAGAAAAAUUAAAAUAAUCUAAUAAGUAGAACCGGGAGAUCUACAAAAUACUGAAUUCAGAAAUCCUUAUAAAUUAUUAUUUUUCCAGGUAUGUGGUAUUUUUCUGUGCCAACUCUGCAGUGCACCAAUGAAAUACACUUACAACAUCUACAAUCAUUGGAGGCAAACUUGUCCUGUGAUAAAAAAUAGUGUUCAUUUGCGAAUUCAAAUACCAGAAAAUGUGAGUUUCUAAUUUUACUUUUGUUUUCUUCGAUCAAUAAAUAAUUUGUUCAGGUGAAAAACAGUGUCGAGGCUAUUAAAACUGUUGUAUAUACUAUUAUGCUGCAUCAAAAUCGUGGACAUGAAUUCUCUCUUCACGGUGGUAUUAUUUUCAUUAUGAAUGAUAAGUUUGUUGGAGAUUGUAUUGAUCGAAUCGCCUAUAUCACUGAGCAAGUUUGCCCAAUUUGUGGAUUGGUUAUGUCGGUUUUGUAUAAAGAGGAUCAUUGUAAUGUGCAUUUGAUGAAAAUAAGAAUUGAUGAACCAAUUAAACAAGUCUAUUUCUGUCAUCUUUGCGCACAACAUUACAGGUUUGUUUUGUUUUUAUUUUUUAUAAUUAACAAAAUUCAUUUUUUCAGUAGUAAAGAAGAUCUAUUCACACAUUGGAGAACGGUUUGUGCACAAAUGGUUGCACAUGGAUCAGACAGAAAUCUCACUGAUGAACAAUUAGUUGGAUUCGCAUUUCUUUUACUUCAAAAUUGUAUACCGCAUCCAGCAUAUGUUUCAACAAACAUGGCAGAUUGGUCUGGAAGACUCACCUUUAUGAAUGAUCUUCUCAACGAACAACGACAAAUUAUGCAAUCAGAUGGACAAUUGUAUUAUUAUACUGGACAAUUGACACCGAUUCGAAAAAAUGAGGGAACCACUCUUGAUAUUUUUAAUGAUUGUUUCGAAAUUCAACGAUUAACGGUAAGUUGAAUUACUUUUUUUAGAGCACUGUGAAAAUUUUAUUUCAGGAUUAUAAAAUUCCGGAUAAUGAGCAUGCGUGUACAGCAAAUAUUUUCUCCAAUUAUUUCCCUCAUUACAUUACAACAAAAGGAAGUUGGAUUAAUAUUGAAGGCCCGAACAAAAUAGUUAAACGUAUCUACAUCAUGGAUGGUUCGGAUCUUGUACUCAAUACGGUAAUUGUUUAAACUUAAAGGGGGUAUACCCUAUUGUCUCUUGUGCAAAGUGUGAUACAUCAUUUGAUUCAGAAUUUUGUGUUAUAUAUGCACAAAAAAUUUUAGCUCUCAAAACGGAUUCCAAGUACACGUUUUUUGCGUCCAAACAGGACCAAAAUCUGCUCGAAAUAAAAAAAGAACACACAAGAAAGAGAGACGCAGACUCUCGCUGUCUGCCAGCCAGCCAGCAUGUAUAUUGUUUUUUUUUUGAAUUUUGUGUUCAACAACUACGGUAAGUCUGAAUAUACUGUAAUAAACUUAUAAAAAUUAAAAAAAAGAAGAAAAAACAACACACAUGCUGGCUGGCUAGCAGACAGCGAGAGUCUGCGUCUCUCUUUCUUGUGUGUUCUUUUUUUAUUUCGAGCAGAUUUUGGUCCUGUUUGGACGCAAAAAACGUGUACUUAGAAUGCGUUUUGAGAGCUAAAAUUUUUUGUGCAUAUAUAACACAAAAUUCUGAAUCAAAUGAUGUAUCACACUUUGCACAAGAGACAAUAGGGUAUACCCCCUUUAAUUAAGAAAUCCACUUUUCCAAAUGUUUUUUUUCAGUACGAAUUUGGUCCGAAUUCAACUCCUAUCAUAAAACCAAAUCAAUUAGUUUGGUUUAACGAUAGAUUGAAAAGACAGUGUACAGGUCAAAAUUGUCAUGUUCAUUUUACAAGUGAGGGUAGAAAACAGGCACAUUAUGAAAAGAGACACGGAAAGAAACAAUGUAUGCUUUGCCAGGAAGAGUGAGUUUUACAAGCAGAAUAUGUUAGAAAAACAAAAAAAAACAUUCAGAUUCAAAAAUCAACCACUUCUCAACGCACAUUGGAAAAAUGCAUGUCCAUUCCCGAAAUACGCCUUAUCCAAAUUCACUCAAAAUACUUGGAAUGAAGAUAAAAUGCACAAAAUUAUUCACGGUAUCGCUUAUGUGUUGCGAGUCUGCGAUCGAUCUAACCUGGACAAAUGUCGUAUUUUGGUAUGUGUAAUCAACCUAAUUUCAAAAAUAAUUUAGUGUAUUUUUUUUAGAUUGAUGGUUUAGCAGAAUCAGUUUUCUCGGAGAAAAAAGACGAGCCAGCUGGAAGUGUUAAAGAAAUUGUUGAUGCAAUGAUGAACAAUGCGGAAAAUAUGGUGCCACGUCACAUUACCCCAAGAAAAUCAUUCCCAGUUGAAACUUACGAAGAAGCUGCUGAUGAAGUUGUACAUGUCUAUGAGAAGGUAUGUAACUCUGAAAUAUGAAAUUAAAAAAAAAUUUCUCCAAAAACGCAUAAAUUAUAGGCUCCUGUGCAUACCAACUAUAUUAUUAAAAGAGUGCCAGUGAGAACAUUUUAUCCUUCACCAACUCAAAAACAGCAGAAUAUUCAACAACAACAAGUCCAACCAAGACGAAUUUUGAGACCUGAAAGAACAAUGAGAACUGAGGAAGAAACUUAUGAAAUUCAAUAUCAUCGUCCACAGCAACUUCAACUUCCAACUGUUCCAUUCUCACCUCCAAUGAAACGCUUCAGAAUUGUUGGAAAUAAUCGUGAGUUUUUUUUGUAAAUCGGUUUUUAAAUUCGAAAAAAAAAACAAAAUUUUCUAAAAAUGCAUCAUUAUGAAAUUGAUGACAUCAUAUUUUUUUACAGAAACCACUCAAAAUCCCCAAGUGGUUGUUAGAAAACAAGCCGCCCCUGUUGCUCCAACAGCUCCAAAACGCACGGUGUUUAUUAUCAAGAGUGAUAGAUCAAAUAUUACAAUCAAUAUAAACCGUGAUAUAUUCCGACAGAAAAAUGAAAAGUUGCAUAAAGAAUUGUUGGAGAAAAAACCAGAAUAUGGAUGGACACCAGUUGAACAAAGAAGAGACGUCAUUGAAGCUGUUCUUCCACCUGGUUUGAAUAUAACUCUAAGAGAGCAAAAAGGAUACCGUGAACCUGUCGUCUCAACAACUGAACCUGCUGAACGUCGUCCACCGGUUAUUGAAAGUGCUAAAAGACAUGGAGAGGUUCCAGUUAGCGAUAAAUAUUAUCCAAGUUUGGAUGUGAUUUUCGAGGAAAGUGAAGAAGAGAACUAUUAUGCACUUUCACCAGAAAUGGAUACUAGUACGAUCAAAGAUGCUGAUGACACAUUCUGUCAAGUUGUACCGUUCAAUGAGUUCUUUGAGAAUAGUCGUCCAACACUUACACCACGUGAUAAAUUGGCAAUUGAAGGCGUACGAGUUGAAACAAAAACUAUCGAGGAAGCUAUUGAAGCCAAGAAAAAUCGACCAUUUUUAGAUAUCAGUCAUUUUUAUGACGGAAGAUGUAAUGCUGUUGCAUAUUUGGCAAAUGGUCAAAAAGUGCACGGAGGUACGAAUUUUUAAUAGAAAAUUAUGAAUAAAAAUAAUCAAACAUAUUACAUUUCAGGCUUCGAAGCAAGAGAUUUAGAUGAAUUCCAAAUGUUGACAAGAUCAAAGCUCACACAUUGGCCAGGACAAGGAGACUAUUUUGAUGUGUAUUUCAACGGUAUUGUAAGUUUUUCAUUUUUUUUUUUGAAACAAACAGAAAAAAUAUAUUUAUAUAUCAUUUUUCAGACUGUUCAAUGUUUCGUUUUAUACGUCGCUGAUCAAUUUGGUAAAUCUCGUUUCAUUUUGUAUCCCACUACAGAAAUGAAAAAUUUACGAGAUGGAGGAUCGUUUGUUAAUCUCUAUGUGAGCCCACCAGUGUAAGUUUUAUAAUAGAAUUAUUUUGUAGAUUCGUUAGAAGUUUAAUAAUUUUCUAAAAAAAACGGAUUUUUUUCAGAAUGGAGCAUCGAUCUGUUCCAAUAUGCGCUAGACAACCAAUUGAAUAA